AUGAUCCGUGAGGCGCUCCAGAAGGACAUCACCAUCAUGCAAAAGAGUUCGCCGGUUGACCUGGUGACCGAGACAGACCAGAAAGUGGAACAGCUCAUUAUAUCUUCCUUAAAGGAAAAGUACCCCAAGCACAGCUUCAUUGGUGAGGAGUCAGUAGCUGCUGGUGCUCCCAGUGUUCUCACCGACAAUCCCACUUGGAUCAUUGACCCCAUCGACGGCACCACCAACUUUGUACACAGGUUCCCCUUUGUGUCUGUAUCAAUCGGCUUCACAGUGAAGAAAGAGGUAGAGUUUGGGAUUGUCUACAGCUGCAUAGAGGACAAAAUGUACACUGCACGGAGGGGGAAAGGAGCUUUUUGUAACGGAUCCCCUAUCAAAGUUUCUGGACAGGAAGAUAUAAACAGGUCUUUGGUGCUGACUGAAAUGGGUUUCAAGAAGGAACCUGAAAGCUUCAAAACGAUGCUGGCCAACAUAAAGACAAUCCUCACCAUACCGGUUCAUGGAAUACGCUCUCCAGGCAGUGCGGCCAUCAACAUGUGCCUGGUGGCGUGCGGCUCGGCGGAUGCUUACUACCACAUGGGCAUCCACUGCUGGGACAUGGCUGGAGGGGCAGCCAUAGUUACUGAAGCGGGGGGAGUUAUCAUGGAUAUUUCCGGUGGGUCGUUUGAUCUGAUGUCUCGCAGACUGAUUGUUGCCAGCAGCAGGGCUAUAGCCGAACGAAUUGCCAAGGAGAUAACAGAGUUUCCCGUUGGCAGAGACGACACAGAAAGCCAGUAAACAUCACCUCUCUCCUCUGCAGCCACGUAAAAACACACACAGCUGCUUUCAGCAUAGCAGGUGUUGCGUCCGUUUUUGCCUUAAGAACUAAAAUGAUGCAGUUACCUCUGAAAAACAGCAGGCGGGUUUAAAGCCAUUUUUUCCUUCUGCAUACCAGUACUUAACCAUCCACAGCUUCACCUAUGUUGUUGUAUGUAUUGUAUUUUAUCUAAUCACUCCGCCAUGUUAUUUAUUUUGCAACUAGAAACAAAAGUGAGGAUUCUUUGUAAAAACAGAAUAAGAAAAAUACCUCAAAUCAUUUCAUCUCUUAGAUUUAGAUAGUGACUUUAACACUUACUGACCCCCUUAAAAAAUGUGUUAAAAAAGAAGAAUAAAGCAAUUUAUUCAGCCAUUAUAGUAUGUGACUUCUUGUUUUAAACAUACACUAAAGUUUAAGUUGAUUAUAGUGUUGAAGGACCUUUGAAUAGCAGUCAAACUGUAUUAAUAGUGUACAAAUCUGCCACGAGUUAGGCUGUCGUCACUCUUUUAAUAGGAAAGAUCUGCUGAUCACCAUAAGAAAUGGCUUCAAGAAUAGAAUCACUAAACCUAACCCUGCUAAUAUCUACAGUCACAGCAAUAAAAAAAAAAUGCGUAUAUGACUGGAGCUGUAACAAAUGAGACAGGAAGAAAUCCCAAAUUUACACUGUGAGAUCUUGGGCUCAGUAUUGUACGAGCUACUGGGCGCUAUCAAGCUAUCCAUCAUUUCUGCAGGUUCCUAGAAAAAAAGAAAUAUCUUAAAUAUAUUAACCUUCAUUGUUUUUCCAAUGAAAAGUCCAGAUUGUGUCCAGAUUUGCCAUACUAUGUCUGGAAUAACAAAUAAUAAUAUAUUAGAUUUGCACAUUUGUUCAUUUACCGCUUCAUCAACCAUCAGAACGUUUACUUUGACCAUAAGCUAGUUUCUGCCUUAAUUGGAUUUUUGUCUGUUUAGACAAUUAUAACUAAAACGCUCAUGUUCAGUCAUCCAGGGCUAGCUUAGAAAAAGAAAAAUAUAAUUUACUUUUUGGCUUGUUAUUAAGUUUACAGUAAGGAAGGAGUCGAAGUUGGGUAACAAAGGUAUAAAAGCAAUGGAUGCCAGAGUCAAAAAAUCUUAUUUUAGAUUACUAUGUUAAAUAGGUGAAGGUAUAAUGCAAAGGAGGUAGAUUCUUUUUUUUUUUUUAUUGUUGUUGCUGCUCCUUAAAGGGAUAUUGUGCAAGAACUUAUCUUUUUUUCCCGUCUGAAAUCUAUUUCUGCGUUUACAUAUGUGUUAUUUAUGUAAAGAGAUUAGUUUUUAGAUAAGUUUGUACAAAAGGCUGGUGGCCAUUAGUGAAGCGCCAUGAAUGUCAGUCACCUUGAAAAUUAAGACAUUCGGCAAGGGAUGAAAUAGUACUAAUGCACUGAAUAACAAGGCAUUUCCCUUUGCUAGCAGUUAAGAGUGAUUGAGAGGUGAAGCAGAAGAUGAUUUGGUGAAGCUAACCCAACAGCUGAGGGCUGCGCUACUGCAGCACCAUACCGCACCAUGCAUAUGCAUCAGCUCAACAAACUGUUUCGCCAUCCGAAAGAAAGUGGAAAAAAAAACUUUAAGAGACAUUUCGUAAGCUUUUACUGAAAAAUGGCUUUAAAAUAGUCCUUUUAUUUGACUAUUUAUGACUAAAACAUUGUUUAUUGAGCAGACUUACACCUCUGUAGUUCAUCAUCGAUGCAUCUAUAAGCCUGCAGUCUAUUUUCCUGAAUUUGCAGGUCAGAAGUUACAGUUUCUGCGCUUUUCGGAGAGGUGACGUCAAGCACUUUCAUUUUGAAUGGGUCAAACCUUGCAAACAAUCUAAGCGUUAUAUUCAAGUUGGAUUUUGGGGCAUCCGGUUCAACACAGACACUGAUGGCAACUCCACAUAAGGCGAAAGGUGUUUGUUUAGUUUGAGUGCGAGCUAUGAGAACGAAUAAAAGAGUGCCGCAGUUCCGGUUUUUGGCCACAGGUGGCUGUAUCAUUAGAAAAGUCUGUAAUGCCUCUUUAAAGGACAACAAAAUUGGAGACAUUAAAGAAAAAAAAACAUUAGGCAAGCCUUCUCUUAUUGGAACAAGCUAAUAAAGAAAAAGAUUUCAAAAGACGCUGAAGUUACCAUGUUCCUCCUUGACGCGUAAGUGAACUGUACUGCCUUAAUUAAUGACUCUUUCCAUUCGGUUUAAUCAUACAGUUUUUCUCGUUUCCACAGAAAGCAUAGCAGUCUAACCUGCAAACACAUACCAAUCAUGUUGGUACAUAAGUUUAGGUUUCGUAGCUUUAAAAGUCGUGGUGAAUGCUGGCUUUUUGUUUUUGUUAUGCCAGCUUGUAGAGACUUACAUCCACGUUGUCGAGGCUUUUUGACACAAUGCGGCGACUGCUGCUACAAUAUGUGUUUGAGGCAGUGACGGGGUUUAGAGUUUUGAGUCCAAUACCCCCAUUUCAAUGCUAGAUGACAGUAAUUCUUACCCAGUGUCCCUUUAAUGUAACCAAUCUGAUCUUAAAAAUUCCUUCAUUUAUCUUACUAGAUCUAGUAAAAACCCUGAUUUAGACUGAUGCCAUAAAAAGUAUUUUUAAAUGACAAUAAUUUUAGUUUUUCAAAUACUUCUGGGUCGUUAAUUGGAACAUGUGCUUUUGUUAAAUGAAGCUUAGAUUUAGCGUUUCAUUAACGAACAUUUAAAGUGGGUUUGGUGUGAAACAUCUGUAAAGAUGUGUUAAUAGCCCAAUGUCAGAUGGUGGAAGAUCACUAAAGAUUUAGUAAACAUUUGGGGGAUGUGAUUUUUUUUCUUCCUCCUCUCUUUUAAGUAAGCAUACUCAAAUUAAAGCUUGAAUUUAUGUAAAUGGUUCCUUGUGUUUUUUUGUCAGUGGAUGCUUUUUACAUAUUUACAAGGUUUGCUAUGAUGUACAGAAUCUGCUGUUUCCAUGUUAAGGAAAAAGUACAUUUUUCUUUGCACUAUACACAAUUAACCAUCUGUAUAUAAGUAAGUUAUGUACUGUAUGACUGAUGCUUUGUGAAGUCUGAAAUAAAAAACAAACAAAACAAA